AUGUCUUCUGCAGAUAAUGGAACGGUUAACAACACAGGCAAAACUGACGAGUACAUCAAACUUCGGGUUGUCGGACAAGACAAUAGUGAAGUUCAUUUCAAGGUUAAGAUGACAACGUCAAUGGGUAAACUGAAAAAAUCUUAUGCAGAACGACAAGGUGUACCGAUCAAUAGUUUACGAUUUCUCUUUGACGGUAAGCGCAUCAAUGACGAGGAAACUCCGAAAUUGUUAGAAAUGGAAGACAACGAUACAAUCGAUGUCUAUCAAGAACAAGUUGGCGGUUCGGUUUAA